CACACUAGAUAAAAGAAGAAGACGCAAGAUAAAAGAAAAACAGGCGAAGAGGAAUACGGGAAAUACGCGGGAAGUGUGUAGACAAAUCGCCAGAAUUUUCACGCGCAACGAUUAGCGAGAAUAAACAGCCUCACCAUUGAUCAAUUCCUGCAACUGCAAGAGCGGAUCCGUAACUUCGAGGGCAUGCUUGGCGGCGGCAGCGGGGAGCGUCUGUGCACGCCAAGCACUUCGGCUGGGCCAUUCCGCAUCUUCUCCGUCACCGGAUUCCAGAAUCGGGCCAAUGACAUCGUCUACUGCCCGCCGAUUGUGCGCCAGCACUCGGUGCACGUGCCGGAGGACUCGACGGCCAUCAUUUACUUUGGCGGCGAUGUGCAGGACUUUCCGGAGAGCAUGGAGACGAACCGCGACAGCCGGGGCUACAUGAAGUACAACCUCGAGAACUCGGCCAUCCUGCUGCGCGAGGCCUUUCCCAGGUCGCACAUCAUCGUCAUCCGGCCAGUGCGCAUGGAGUUCAAGACAUUCAGUUGCUUUGACAACUUUGUGAGAGGCAACAACGCUGGAGUUCCGGAUCAUACGCCCAUGAACCAUGCCCUUCAGCACCUAGAAAAACUGCUCCAGAAUCUGUCGCAGCGCCUGAUCUCCAUACCCGAGAACGAAAUCCUCGACCAGGCCGCCCAGGCAGCAGCAGCUGCGGCAGCGGUGGCCGCUGCUGCUGCGGCCGCUGCUUUGACGCUCUCCAACGCAACGGUCACCUCGGAGUCCAACUCACAAGCGGCACCGGCCAACGACAGCAGCCAGGAGAUGGACAUUGACAUACUGCAGGUGCAGGAGAACAUCACAGUGGAUGCGGAUGGUGCGGUUAUAUUCCCUAUAGUGGGCAGUGAAGCCCCCGAAGCGGUGAACAAUGUAACCGGAAAUAAUGGCAACAUCGGCGGAGGUGGCAGCGAUGAAAGCAGUGUGAACAACCACCAGGAACAGGUGAACAAUCAGCCGCUUCAACAGCAGCAGCAGCAGACAGCGGCGGCCAUAAAGAUGACUUCGCCCACAACGGCGCUAAGUGCCAGCAACAAUGUGGAGCACUACAACAACGAUUGCGCCACGAGGCCGGCUCCUGCUGUAACUGCAACAUCAGCCUCAGCCACGGCUACGUCUACGUCCACAUCCGCGGCAACCAGCGACAGCAAUCCGCUGUGGUGGCGAGAGAACCUCAACCUGGACAAGUCUAAGCUGGUGCUGAUUGGCUUUAGCAAGGGCUGCGUCGUGCUCAAUCAAUUUAUCUACGAGUUCCACUAUCUGAAAACCCUGACGCCCGACGACAGCAGCAUGUGCCGCCUGCUCUCCCGCAUCUCGGACAUGUACUGGCUGGAUGGCGGACAUGGGGGCCAGAAGAACACCUGGAUCACAUCCCGCAGUCUGCUGGAGACGCUCACGCGCAUGGCAGGCAUGAACAUCCAUGUCCACCUGACGCCCUACCAGGUGCAGGAUGACCGUCGGCCCUGGAUUCGCAAGGAGGAAAAGCUGUUCACGGAGAUGCUGAGGCGGCUGAAUGCGCCGAUCACCCGGCACUUGCACUACGACAACCAGCCGGCGAACCUGAUGACCCACUUCGAGGUGCUCCAGGCCUUCUGCCAGCAUGUCCAUGCGCUUAACCAGCAGCAACAGCAGCUGCAGCAGCAACAGGGAGUGGUGGGGAUCAGUGAGCAGUCGACGGUGGCCACCAACAAUGGUAGCAACAAUCUGUUGGAAGCCGGCGAGGAGGCAAAGUGA